AUAAUUUUUUAAACAAACUUAAGCAAUAUAAUAUUGUAAAUGUAUUUUAAAACUAUUUCGUGAGCGAGUUUUAUUGGGCCUUUGAUGUUCAGACAGCGCCAUGUCUCACAGCACAUAUAGAAAACUCUGGACUGACGCUCAAGGGGAACUCAGUGAUCUCCUGAGCCAGGAGCUUCCAUCUGAGCCUUUACGGCCCGAGAAAGACCGCGUGGUGUUCUUCCAGCGCAUCGCGACCCUGUACGUACGCUACGUCCGGAUCUUCAGGCAGCUGGAGGAGGCCUACGAUCAGAUCGUCCACCCACAGAAGAGGAGGCUGAUCCGAGACGUCCUAGAUGGAGUGAUAGGUCGCGUCCUGGAGCUGAAGAAUGAGAUGGUGGAGAAGGAGUACUCCGAGUACCAUUAUAUGGAUGAUGUCAUACAAGAUUUGAAACUUACGCCGGAGGAUCUUGAGAUUCCAAUCCCAAAGUACUUCAUUAAUGAACGGCGUAAAGUUCUGCAGGAGAGAGACGCAUUUCUCUCCAGCAUCCUGGAUCAAGAUGGAAUGUUGGUGAAACCAGAACCGACCACAACACGCAUUCUGAGUCUGGAGGAGGCUGUGACAAUCAUUCAGGUGUCGGAGAGGGCGCGGCAGGGUCGACUGAGGACCAACAUCAUGCGGGAGAUCCACAGGGAUGCAGAGAGACAGAGGAAAACAAAUGACAAGGAUCUCAAAGAAGCUACAGAGGAACAGGCUGCUAUUCAAAUCCAGAAGGUGUGGAAAGGUUACUUACAGAGGAAGAGGACGAAGCAGGAGCGUGAAGAGGAGAUGAUUGUUCUGGGCAUGUCCAUUAAGCCCAGUCUGGUCCAGCCGUGCCCGGCUGUCGUCCUCGCUGAAGACAAUAAAGCCAUCAGGAGGAAGAAGCAGGAGGAGCAUGAGGAGGAUUAUCACAAAGCUAUGAUCUCCAUCUCCAAGAUCCUGCGAGAGACCGAGGGUCCUGACAUGAAGGAAACGAUGAAGGGUCAGAUCAGACAGUGGUUCAUCGAGUGCCACGAUGCAACAGGGUCUUUUCCUGACUUUCCCGAUGAGGAAGAUGGUGGAUCAGCUAUUAUUUUUGCUAAUAAAACACCUGAGCAGCUGAUGGAAGAGCUGGCAUCUAAAAAUGAGGAGGAAGAAAACAAAAAGGCGAAAGAGAAGGAAGAGCAGAAAGACAAAGGGAAAAAGGAAACCAGGAAAGAAGAACAAGUGGAAGAAGAACCUGGGCUGAAAUUGCUGCCUUCUGCCUUUCUGUCCGAGCUACAGAAAGGACACAAGACAUUUACAGACGUCUGGCAAAACCGAGACGAGUCCAAAAACUUCAGCCAAAGACAUGAAGCGGAGCUGAUUAAAGAAGAUAAGAGGAAAGUGCUUGAGGGAGAAAUAAGAUUGCAGGUGGACGAGUUGAUGAGACAGGAGCUCACUAACUGGAAGUUUGCAGUGGAAGGAAGUAAAGGUGGAAAGGCCAAGCCUGCAGGAAAGAAGAAGAAGAAGAAGACAUUGAAGAGUGUAAAGAAGAAAAAGAAAGACAGAGACCUUACAGCUGAUAGGAGCAUCGAGUCGCUGUAUGAAGAGCUGGUGAUGGAAGGCUUGCUCAAACCAGCGCAUAAGGUGAAACUACGCGACUUCAUUGGUGAUUACAGCUACCUCGGCACGACCUUGAGGCAGACUGACAUCGAGCCCAUGCCCUCAUUAUCAGAUGUGCGCCAGGUUAUAUCUCUUUGGGCCGUCUUGCCAUUGGGUUCCCAUGCGAUCCAUGAGAAAGCUCCUCUAGUAAAGUCCAUACUCCUGGUGGGGCCGUCAGGAGUGGGGAAGAAGAUGCUAGUCCAUGCUAUCUGUCAGGAGACCGGAGCUAACCUGUUUGACCUUUCCGCUUCAAACCUGGUGGGAAAAUAUGCAGGCAAGAGUGGGCUCCAGAUGAUGCUGCACAUGGUGUUUAAGGUUGCCAGAUUAAUGCAGCCAUCUGUAGUAUGGAUCGGAGAUGCUGAUAAAAUGUUUUAUAAGAAAAUACCAAAGGAGGAGAAAGAGUUAGAUCCAAAGAGGCUAAAGAAAGAUCUGCCUAAAAUCCUUAAAUCUAUCAAAGGUGAGGACCGUGUUCUUAUCGUAGGAACGACAAACAAUCCUGUGAAUGCAGACCUAAAGUCUCUGUUAAAGCUUUAUACCAAGAUCAUCCUCAUACCCCGGCCAGACUACGCCUCGAGGUUCGUCAUGUGGAAGGAACUGAUCCAGAGGAACGGAGGUGUUGUGACCAGCGACCUCGACCUCAGCUCCCUGGCUAAGAUCUCGGAUGGAUACACACAGGGUCACAUGGUGCGUGUGGUGAAGGGCAUCCUGACCGAGUGGCGCAUACAGCAGCUGGCUAAACGCCCACUGACCGCCACCGAGUUUGUCUCGCCUCUCGCCAAGAUCGACCCUGUGUUCCAGGAUGAGGAGGAAGCCCUCAAAAGCUGGUAUGCGAAGACUCCUCUGGGUAAGAAGAGAGCGAGAGCUGCUUUAGGGAUGGACGCAGAGGAAGAUGUAGCAGCUAAAGAUGGCAAAGACAACAAGAAGAAAGGAAAGAAGUAACUUCA